GUCACAAAGAUGUCGUGGCGUUCGUCUUUCCGCUGCUCGAAGUUUCGCCAUGUGUUCGGAAAGCCGGCCACCAAGGAGCACAGCUAUGACGGGGUGCCAAUCACACGCAGCGUUCACGACAACCACUACUGCUCUGCCAAUCCCUGCUUCAUCGCCGUGGUGACUGAGUGCGCCGGGGGCGGGUCCUUUUUAGUCCUGCCCAUCCAUCAUACAGGAAGGGUGGAUCCUCAACACCCACGGGUGUGUGGUCACAGCGGGAGAGUCCUGGACGUCAAGUGGAACCCGUUUGACGAUCACUGCAUCGCCUCGUGCUCAGAGGACUGCACUGUGAAGAUCUGGGACAUCCCGCUCUGUGGCGUCCAACAGAACUUAACCAAGGCCAGGAAGACUCUGAUUGGUCACUCCAGGAGGGUGGGGCUUAUUGAGUGGCAUCCAACAGCUGAGAACCUGCUGCUUAGCUCCGCCUACGACUACAAGGUCCUCCUGUGGGACGUGUCCCAGGUAGAUGCUGUAAUCAGGUACCCGGUCCGGGUGGUUCUGAUGCCCGUCCACCACCGCUACCCGUCCGAGACGCUGCUGCUUUCCGUCAGCUUCAACAGCGACGGCAGCAGGCUGGCGGUCUCGUCCAAAGACAGACGGGUUCGAGUCCUGGACCCGCGGACGGGAAAGAUUUUGCAGGUGUCCAGCAGUAAGUCCCACAGGGCCAGUAAGGUUUUAUACAUCGGAGGGUUGAAGAUGCUUCUGUCCACUGGCAGCUCGCCCUGGAACCACAGACAGAUCGUCCUCUGGGACCCUGACGACUUAUCUGAGCCUCUGUACGAAGAAGAUCUGGACGGGUCUGCAGGAGUUCUCUUCCCGUUCUAUGACCCGGACACCCACAUGCUCUACCUGGCUGGGAAGGGCGACGGGAACAUCCGCUACUACGAACUGAGCGCAGAGAAACCUUACAUUAGCUUCCUGACAGAGUACAGGUCCCUGCUUCCGCAGAAAGGAUUUGGAGUGAUGCCAAAGCGCGGCCUGGACGUGAGCGCCUGUGAAGUUUUCCGCUUUUAUCGCCUGAUCGCUGUGAAAGACCUGGUGGAACCACUGUCGAUGAUCGUCCCUCGAAAAGAGUCAGGUAUUUUCCAAGAGGAUCUGUACCCGAUGACAGCUGGAAACCAGGCGGCCAUGACGGCUCAGGAGUGGCUGUCGGGGAUCAACAGGGACCCAGUCCUGAUUUCCUUGAAGCCUGAGACUCGAGUAGCCAACCCUUACCCAGAAACCCCUGCUGAGAAGGGGCUGGUGAGAAAGCUGAGCAACCUCCGGUUCCAGAUAGGCCCAGCUGUUGGUGCGGUGACUGGGACAAACCUUGAACUCAUGGAAGAGGCCUUCCUUGAGGAGGAGCUGGCCUACCAGGACGCCAAGUACCCCAGAGAUCUGAGCGACCUGUCCGGGUGGCAGCCAGACGAGACCCAGGUCCCGCUGUGGAUGUACUGCUGCACUCCGCAUUGCUGCGAACCUGCAGAGAGGCCGCCACCGACCACCGAAAGCGAGCUCCUGCAAGCGUUUUACAGACAGCAAGACGAGAUCAGAGGCCUGCAGGAACAACUUAAUCAGAAAGAUGUGAGGAUCGCUCAACUGGAGCUGGAGAUCAAAAACACCAGAAACAACAUGAGGGCGACCUUCUGA